CCAAUUCGUCAAAAUUAUUAGAAAACACACACACAUACAAUGCACCCUCGCAAUCCCUGGUGUAUUUUCCACUAGGCUCCGAUCCCCUUCGCAGCUAGGUUUGGCUCAUCCAUCUCAUCGGACUAAACCUGCGGCGGCGCGACUGGUGAAAUCAGUCGAAAGAGUGAUAGAGGGUUUUCAAAUUUGUGUUUCUGGCGACUUUUUCAUGAAAUUGGAGCAUUAUGGCACAUUAUUCGGGAGCUCCAACGAAUGGGUCUGUUUAUGUAUGUAACUUACCUUCUGGGACCGAUGAGAAUAUGCUGGCUGAACACUUUGGUACUAUUGGCGUGCUAAAGAAAGACAAAAGAAGUGGUCGUCCCAAGAUAUGGAUUUACCGUGACAAAGCAACAAACGAGCCCAAAGGAGAUGCCACCGUAACCUAUGAGGACCCACAUGCUGCCUUAGCCGCUGUUGAGUGGUUCAACAACAAUGAUUUCCAUGGAUCCAAAAUCGGUGUCUUUCUCGCUGAGUCAAAGAGUAAAGAUAACAUGGCGAUUCAUACAGUCGACCCGUUUGUGAGUGGUGAUCUCAGUGUAGUGGCAGAAGGAGACAAGGACAUUAAUGGCGGUGUUGGAAGAGGUAGAGGUCGUGGUGAAGCCGGCGGGAAAGCAUGGCAGCAAGAUGGGGAUUGGUUGUGUUCGAAUACAAGUUGUGGCAAUGUGAACUUUGCAUUUCGUGGCGCAUGCAACCGAUGUGGGACAGCUCGUCCAUCAGGAGCUGCCGGCGGUGGAGCUUCAGGUGGUGGCCGAGGAAGGGGGAGGGGUGGCCAUGACUCAGGAGGUGGUGCUCGUGGUGCGGGCCCUGCUGGAGGAGGGCUUUUUGGUCCGAAUGAUUGGCCUUGUCCGAUGUGUGGAAACAUUAAUUGGGCAAAACGCACUAAAUGCAACAUCUGUAACACCAAUAAACCGGGAGUUAGCGAGGGUGGUGUGAGAGGAGGACGUGGGGGAGGCUACAAAGAGCUAGAUGAAGAAGAGCUUGAAGAAACAAAACGGCGUAGGCGAGAGGCUGAAGAAGACGAUGGUGAAAUGUAUGAUGAGUUUGGCAAUCUCAAGAAAAAGUUUCGUGCAAAAACACAGCAAGCUGAAAUGACUCAGGGGGUCCCUGGUGCUGGACGUGCAGGAUGGGAGGUCGAAGAACUAGGUGACAAGGAUAGAAGAGAAAGAAGUAAUGACAGGGGCAGAGAGCGUGAUGAGAGACAAAGGGACAGGCACAGGAGUAGCAGGGAUUAUGACAGGCAGAGAGAGAGAGAAAGAGAAAGAGAAAGAGACAGAGGUUAUGAGUAUGAUAGGGACAGAGAUUAUGGGCGCGAACGUGAUCGUGAUCGUGAUCGUGACCGUGAACGAGACAGGGACCGUGUCAGAUGUAUGCCGACGAUGGCUAGGUGGGGUUCGCUGGUGCUGGCGAUGGUUCGACGAAAAAAGGUAAAGGGUGACUGCCGAUGGUGGCGACGGCGGCCUAGGGAUUUAUUGGAGAAGGAAACGAAAAUUGGAAGGGAAUUUGUGUUGAGAAUAAGGGGAUCUACGGGUACCUGA